CAAGGAGUGUAAGUGUCAUUUUCCAGUCGAUAUUUGUGAAUAAUAAUUUUGUUUAUUGUUUCGAAAUAGCAUCAAAUUAUACAGAAAAAAUGAAAUAUAGUAUUUAUUAAAAAUUCCCGCAGUAGAGAAAAUCGAGAGAAAUUAAAAUUUUCAAUUGUGACAUUGUGACUCAGUGAGGUUCGGGUUUUUUUUGUUGUUUUUUUGGUUUUACCAAACAUCACCUGUAUUUUCGUGUUAUAAAGUGUUUUAUUAACAAACCCUGUGUGGAGGAUGUAUGAUUGCUAGAGAAACGACGCCUAUAACAUCUUGAUCGACAAGGUACUUCCAGGCCUUCAAUCGUUGGAUGGGGCUUGUUGUGCCCCAAUUUUUUUGCACUGGCUCCCACUUCAACCACCACCAUUACCCCGCUAAAUUCAGAAGGGGUCCUGGACAUGACCGCCACGGAGAACACCAUCCGUUUCAGUGUCCACACCCUGGACAAAGCCACCAAAGCGAAAGUCACUUUAGAAAAUUAUUACAGUAAUCUUAUAGCCCAACAUGUAGAACGAAAACAAAGGUUAGCAAAAUUAGAGGAAUCCUUGAAAGACGACAGCCUCUCAGAAGAGCAGAAGCACGAAAAGAGGCUGCAGCAUGCCCAAAAAGAAACGGAAUUUCUUAGGCUAAAACGAUCUCGAUUAGGAGUUGAAGACUUUGAACCCCUCAAAGUGAUUGGUCGGGGGGCCUUCGGGGAAGUUAGAUUAGUACAGAAAAAAGACACCGGCCAUGUGUAUGCUAUGAAAAUUCUCAGGAAGGCUGACAUGCUGGAAAAAGAACAAGUAGCCCAUGUGAGAGCAGAACGUGACAUUUUAGUGGAAGCUGAUCACCAGUGGGUCGUAAAAAUGUAUUAUAGUUUUCAAGAUCCUAUUAAUUUAUAUUUGAUAAUGGAGUUCCUGCCCGGUGGUGAUAUGAUGACACUUCUCAUGAAAAAAGACACGCUUUCAGAGGAAUGUACGCAGUUUUACAUUACCGAGACUGCUCUAGCUAUCGAUUCCAUACACAAACUGGGAUUCAUACAUAGGGAUAUCAAACCGGAUAACUUACUGCUCGAUGCCAAGGGACAUUUGAAACUUUCCGAUUUCGGGCUGUGCACGGGUUUGAAGAAAUCACAUAGGACGGACUUUUAUAGAGACUUAAGCCAAGCUAAACCAUCAGAUUUCAUCAUCACAUCAAGUCCGAUGGACAGCAAACGAAGAGCAGAAAGUUGGAAGAAAAACAGAAGAGCCCUCGCCUAUAGUACAGUGGGGACCCCCGACUAUAUAGCGCCAGAGGUAUUUUUGCAAACGGGCUACGGGCCUGCCUGUGAUUGGUGGUCAUUGGGUGUCAUUAUGUACGAGAUGCUCAUAGGUUAUCCACCAUUCUGUUCGGAAAAUCCGCAAGAUACCUACAGGAAGGUUAUGAACUGGAGAGAGACCUUGGUUUUUCCAGCUGAAGUUCCGAUCUCUGAAGAGGCCAAAGAUACAAUUAUUAAAUUCUGUUGCGAGUGUGACAGAAGACUAGGAUCUCAAAAGGGCUUGGAGGAUUUGAAACUGAAUCAGUUCUUCCGCGGUGUGGAUUGGGAACACAUAAGAGAGAGACCUGCAGCCAUACCUGUAGAAGUACGAUCUAUAGAUGAUACUUCAAACUUUGACGAUUUCCCUGAUGUCAAACUAGAAAUUCCUGCCGCACCUAUGCCUCAAGAUGGUGAGAUCAAUUACAAAGAUUGGGUCUUCAUAAACUACACCUUCAAGAGGUUCGAAGGGCUAACCCAGAGGGGGACUCCCACAAAGAAAUAGUUGUUAAUAGCUUUUAUUGCAAACAAAAAUCAGGGAGUUGAUUGCCCGGCACUUAUUUUUAGAAAAUUAACCACUUCAGAGACGUUUACAUAGAUAUAUUGUUCUCACGUUAGUUCGGAUUCAAUUAGUUGUUUUCUAAAAAUAAGUUUUUGUAUAUUAUAGGUCUGAAGCAGUUUUGCACUUGUUUUGCUUCGAAGAGCUGUGAAAACUGUAACUUACAUUGUACCCGAGAAUGUCGGAAAAUGAAAUAUUAUGUUGCUACCGAGAUCACGAAUUUAUAUAAUUCUCAGUUCAGUAAUACUCAAAACCAUACUACCUGCCGAGUAAUAUGUGAAAAGGUUAUCCGGGAGGCUUUGAAAACUUAGUUUGUUCCGAUAUAAUUUGACAUGAAGCAUACUCUAAUCUAGAUUUUUCAAAUGGUUACUCACAGUUAAUGAAAGUUAACAAAAAGAAUAUCCUUUCAGUCAAUGAACUUUUAAUCGUACGGAUUGAAAUGUUCAUUUCUCACAAGUAUUCAACAUUCCAUUAAUUUCCACAUAACGUGUGAUGAUUUGUUUGUAGUAUUCAGUGAGGGAGAGUAGAAAACAUUAUUUUUUUCAUUUGUUAGUGACCAUUAAUUUCUUUCAAUACAACUUGAAUUUUUUCGUAUCCUAUUUGAAUAAGUAAUUUUUAUCUCCAGUUGGGAAUCUCCUCUUCACCCAUACCAACUUAUAGAAGAUCUGCUAUUUAUACCACUCAAUUAGUGGGCUUGUGAAAAGCUUCCUCAUCCCUCUGGUCUCCUAUGAAUGUGAUACUUGUUUGAAACUUUGAUAUUUUGUGUGGAUCUAUGUUAUGUUGAAUAAUAAAAAGCAAAAAUGUUUUAGUCUGAGGCAGUCAUCUCACCCUUCAAGUUCUUUUCAAUGUUUAAUUGCAUCCUCCAUUUAUUUUUAAUCAAUUGUGUUGAAUGUUUUACGUAAAAAAUACCUAAUUUUCCACAAAAUUAUUCUGAGCUGUCACGUUUCUUCAUAACCCUCUUUUUUUCACAAAUUUAAUUUUUGGGAUUCACCGGUGAAGUAACAUAAUAUUACAAUUUCUUGGAAGUGAAUUUUGUGCUGUAUUUUUAUGUGAUAGGCUAUGAUUAACUUUUUGUGUAUAUAUGGACAGCACAAAAUGAUAUGACACAUGCUGCCAAGUAAAAAACCGCGAAUCAAAACAACGGGAAUCUGGUUUUGAGUACAAUGUAAGAGUUUAUUUUUGUGUAUAUGUUAAUUUUUGUUCAUUGUUACAAAGUGAUACUUUUUAUUAUUUUACAUUUGUUUUUAACUUAUAGAACUGUGUUUUUCUGACCUUACAGUCAGGAGAUAUUUUGUAUUAGCUUGAUGAUCAUCGUUGUCACCUGACGUUUAGCACCAUUUCAGUCUGCUUCUGUCAGUGAGAUCGUAUUUUCUUUGAUAAACGGCUGAGUUAUAAUCGGGGGCAGGCACAAGUGAAAUACUGAAGUGGAAUUACUAUUUCAUUCAAUGCUGUUUUCAACAACUUUUCUUGGGUAUCCUUUAAUAAUUAAUUGAAAAAUGUCCAUACUAGUUUUUUACUGGCACAUAUCCUGAGUUUCAGCUGAAGAAUAAAAUCACUUGAUUUGCUGUUAUAUUUUUUCAACCAUCGUGGUCUGGAGUCGGACAUGAAUCCAUCUCUAGACAUCAAAUGAAUUAUGGUCAAAAAAAUGUAAGAUAUGUUUGAAUGUAGUUUGGAAGUUUGUCAGUGUUUUGUAUAUGUUCAUUUUCGCCUGAGAAAUCUAUGAAUAUACUAAACCCCAAAAAACUGGUGAUCCUCAAAUUUUCUUACAAUUUCAAAAAGAUGUUCAUAGUAAAAUUUCAUCACUAAACUGCCUAAUCAAAAAAAAUAUACAUUAUGCUACUGUAAAAUGUUCAUAAUCCUCAUAAAAUCAAAAAAUAUAAAGGUCAACUUUUUAAAAUUUAAGGUUUUUUAGGUUAGAUACUGUAGAGUUACUCCGUCACAAGAAGAUUUUGAGAAUAUUGUAGAAAUUAGUGAUACAUGAUAAAAAUCCAUUAUCACACAUUCAAAAGAUUUCCACUUGAGAGUUCACAAAACUGCGACAAGUGUUUCGCUGUAUAAUAGCAUCCUCAGGCGUCACUUGAGGAUGAUAUCCUCAGGAUGCUAACGUAUAGCGAAAUAUGUCUCGUGGAUUUGAAAAGUUUCAAGUGGAAAUCUCAUAUUGAAGUGUGUUUUUUAAAUACAAGAUUUUGAAACACAUCAAUCUGCAAGUUGUAUAAGCUUUAAGAAUAAGUCCAAAAACUAUUUGAGGUUAUUACAUGUAAGAUUGAUUUUUUGCUCAGAACUCAUUCAGGCAUCAAUUGAAAUUUUCUAAGCGUCUUUGGAGUUGAGAGUGUUGAAGUUAUGGGUGGACUAAAUGAGUUUUAUGUAAAAAAAAUCAGUUCCAGAAAGUAAGGUAACCUCCGGUAUAUCAAAAAAUGUUUUUUUUCAUACUUCUAAACCAGAAUAUAAAAAAUUCCGAUGUGAUGAAGCAAUUCUGAAGUCAGUCACGUUCAGCAGACUAAAAGUUUUCUGGUAUUAAUUCAAAAGAAACUUAGUAGUUUAUUUGAUGGCGUGAAUAUCGAAUUGAGUAGCAGGUAUGCAUAAAAUCAAUAUUGAACCCAGUGCAUGGUAGGUUAGACAUAAGAUAAUGGGGUAAUAUUAAAAGUAAUGAACGGAUAAGCUCGCAGAUAUCUUUUAUAUGAUUCGGUUGGAUUUUUGAAGAUGCUAUUUUUAUUUUGAUGAAAGGAGAAUAAUUUGAUGUAGGCUGUUCCCAGUUGAUUUUGUGAGAUUCCAAUAAGAACUCGUGUUUUCAAUAAAAUUCCAGAGUUUUAUUAAAUUACCUAAUGAAAAGAAUAGUAGUCUAUUUAGUAGUUUUUUUCCUGUGAUAGAAAUUCAUUUGUAACGUCAGAAAUGAGCAUAAUUUUUCCUCAACAGUAUAUUUUUCCCAAUGAACCAACUGUUUGGAAUCACAACCUAUGGGUACCAUAUUAUUCA